AUGAAAGAGGAAGUGAAUCUAUGAAAAUAGCUUGGGGAAUUUUGAUAUACAUUAGUAGGCUACAGUACACCUCAGGAGAUUGUCUGAAAGUCAGUAUAGGUUUCACAUUAAGAGUUAAGAGGAAAGUGAGAGUUCUGUCCAGAUUUAGUUCUGAUGACUCCAUUGUUUAGAUUUGAUGCUUUUCUGUACAAAAGAGCUUUAUAACAUUUGUAAGUUAUUGAUUGUACAAUGAAUAUAUAUAUAAUAUACAAUUUGUGUUACAAGUUAUUUCUCUCUCUUUCUCUCCAGAUGCAGAGGUAUCUGGUGCUCUGUAUGGCCCUGCUGGCCCAGGUCUCUGCUGAUGACUGCCCAGACGGAGGGGCGUGUGAGGAGGGCAACACCUGCUGCAAGGUCCCCUCCGAUGGCUAUGAAUGCUGCCCAAUGUAUCAGGUAUGUAUGGGGUGGUGCCCGCAGAGAUUAGCCCUUAGCUUUAGUUGCAGCCUGAACCGAGUUCCCUAACCCUUGUACACUGUGAAUUAUAUCUAUUAGAAGUGUACACACCAAAUAGGUAGUCUAUGGUGUCAUUGUCUCUUAUCCUGAAAUAGAUACCAAUCUUUAAUUGCGCCCUUGUGCUAGCAUUCUCUUGUAGUGUCUGUUUGAUCUGUAAGAUGUGAGCUUUUAACACACUUUGUUAAUCAAACUACUCUCUUACCAUUUAUCUCAGGCUGAGUGCUGUGAGGAUCAUAUCCACUGCUGCCCUGAGGGAACACUCUGUGUUGUGAAUGAGUCCAUGUGUGUGAAUGGAACUGUCUCCCUACCAUGGGUGGAGAAAGUUUCUGCUAAACAGUCCAGAUAUCCUAAAGUAAGAAUAUCAGGGAAUCCAGGAAGAAAGUGUAGCUGACUAUUGACAACAUUGAAAUGCACUGUAACAGUGACACCAGUUGACUUUCAUGGCAAUAUGUGUCCCUGUUUUCAAUCAUUCACUGACUUCGGCGAUGUCAUUUACAAAAUAGCCUCCAACACUCUACUCAGCAAAUUGGAUGUAGUCUAUCACAGUGCCAUCCGUUUUGUCUCCAAAGCCCCAUACACUACCCACCACUGUGACCUGUACGCUCUUGUUGGCUGGUCCUCACUACAUGUUCGUCGUCAAACCCACUGACUCCAGGUCAUCUAUAAAUCCCUGCUAGGCAAAUCCCCAUCUUAUCUUAUCUCACUGGUCACUAUAGCAACACCCACCCGUAGUCUGCGCUCCAGCAGGUAUAUCUCACUGGUCAUCCCCAAAGCCAACACCUCCUUUGGCCGCCAUUCCUUCCAGUUCUCUGCUGCCAAUGACUGGAACGAACUGCAAAAAUCUCUGAAGCUGGAGACUCUUAUCUCCCUCAUUACUUUAGGCGUCAGUUGUCAGAGCAGCUUACCGAUCACUGCACCUGUAAACAGCCCAUCUGUAAUUAGCCCAUCCAACUACCUCAUCCCCAUAUUGUUAUUGUUGAGGAAAACUCGUUUGAGGAAUCAGGCAGAACUCAUUUAUCAGCAAUAAGAGUUUAUUCACACUCUCUGGAUGAAACUCGAGAGGAACUUAAAAAUGUACAGAAUCACACAGUCAUUUAUAUACUUCACCUACACAAAGAACUGCUUACCUCUCUCUUAAAGCAUUAUACAAAAAGAACCGGUUCUAAACAGUUCUCACAGCCUAUGUGUCUAAGAUAGGGGAGUGCUAAGAUCUUUAGAGCCUAAGCAGAACUAGAAUUCUGCUUGGUUAGGCCUUUAGUGCCCCAGAGAUAAGGAGCCAAAAACAAAUCACUCCUUUGUGCGGUGUGUGAAGAGGGUACUGGACAGUUGAAGGAAAAUUACCAGUGAAAAGUACAUACAGUGUAUAGUACUAUUCAACUCAAGCAUUUACAUAGCAUUAGACUGUAACAAAAUAAUUUUGCCAAAACAACAUAUUAACCUAGAUGAACGUAGGGUCAUCAAAAAUACUAUAGUCAGUCAUGUUUUUUGUCAUGGAAAAAGUCAAAUGUAUUUUUUCUACCCCUCUAGUCUUUCAGAAUGAUCAGUGCAUAUGCUGGGGAUGAGGAUGAUAACAUCUGCCCUGACAACUCCCACUGCCCAGCUGAGUUUUCCUGUCUGAAGGCCACUACGGGCUAUGGUUGCUGUCCCAUUGCUCAUGUAAUAGCCUAACCACUGUUGCAAUCUAACCUUUUCCACCUCAUUCAUACUGUUAUAAUAUUCACAUAAAACAUGGAUUGGUGUCAAUGGAAAAAAUGGAGUUAUGUGCACAGAUAUCAAGUAAAUUGAUCUAAUGUACACACAGGCUGUGCCUUGCUCGGAUGGGAAACAUUGCUGUCCUGAAGGCCACCAGUGCAGCACAGACAGCAGCUCCUGCAUCAAACAGAAAGGUUAGACUCUUGUGGAAUCACAUUUUGCCAUCUUAUGCUUCUGUUGCAACAUCAUCAUUAACUGCUCUGCCUUCUUCCACCCCUGCAGAACCUGUUGUUGCAGUGCUGUGCAGUGACAGAGUGUCUGAGUGCCCAGAGGGAACCACAUGCUGUGAGACUCCAGAUGGGAGUUGGGGGUGCUGCCCCAUGCCCAAGGUACAGGGGGGCUAUAUGGAGGGGGCUAUGGGGUUACCAUCAUGGAUUUGCGAGUCAGGAAUAAUGUUGGUCCUUUGAAUGGGUGACAUGUACACUCUCCAUAGUGUAGUGUCUGUAAUCACUCCAUGGAGAGAUGUCUAAUCAAGGAUUUGCAUGGCCUAUGUGCUAACCCUUUGUUUAUAUAUGGUCAUCUCAUGAGGUGAUUCUCUAUGUGUCUGUGUGCACUGACCAGGCUGUGUGCUGCGAGGAUAAGAUUCACUGUUGUCCUGAGGGCAGCACCUGUGACAUCAAGCAAUCCAAGUGUAUAUCCACUACCAACAAGGAAAUGCCCAUGUGGGCCAAGUUCCCUGCCCGCAAGAGGGCAGAGUGGGAAAACCAGAAUGGUAGGUUUUUUUUCUCCAAAAAAAGGCAUACUUUCUGGUCUAUUUUUGUACCAAUCACUGUCUGGAUGUAUGUGUGUAUGAUUAUUUUGCUGUACGUGCUUUCAGAAGUUGCCCAAGUGACAACACCUAUUCCAGACACUACCACCUCAGCCAAUAGGAGUCCUGCUUCUCUUUGGGAGGGGGGGGGUUCUUCUCCACCCUUCAUUAGGACAGGACGACAUUACACUUCUUAGAACAAUACAAUAGUGUUGUGGAAUAUUUUGUUAGCUCCUCCAGUUGUGUUGAUCGCUAACACCCUGCUGUCUCUCCAGACGUUCCCUGUGAUGAGUCAGUGGCCUGUCAGGAUGGAACCACAUGUUGUAAAACACAAGAAGGGGGAUGGGCAUGCUGUCCUCUGCCACAGGUAUACUAUGUCUCAUAUUCAAAUCUGGACAUGGAAGACUGUUCCACUGCUUUAAAAAAAUAUAUAUUCCCCUCUAAUCAGGGACUGAUUUAGACCUGGGACACCAGGUGGGUGACAUUAAUUAUCAGGUAGAACAGAAAACCAGCAGGCUCCAGACCUCGUAGGGUAAGAGUUGAGAACCCCUGCUCUAGGCGUUCAAUUUACUCUCUUAACUAAUCAAUUUCUUCAAGAUAGAUCAACCUGAUUGCAUGUCUUUUGCUUGUCCCGUGACAGCUUCCCCUUUUUGUUUGGGUUCUUCUCUCCCAGGCAGUUUGCUGCAGUGACUUCAUCCACUGCUGCCCUCAUGGUAAGAAGUGCAACCUGGCUGCCCAGACGUGUGACGACACCUCAGGCUCCCCGUCUGAGCCCUGGCUGAAGAAGGUUCCUGCCGUGCCUCGGGAGGGUAACUUGCCAGGGAAUGUGACCUGUGACCCCACCCACAUGUGUCCCGACAACACCACCUGCUGCAAGACAGCGUCAGGAGACUGGGCCUGCUGCCCCAUGCCUGAGGUAGGGACAAAGAGAUGUGGCUUGUACUGCAGUGGAUAGGCAAAUUAAUGAAUGGCAUCUUAACUUGACUGCUCUGCGAUGUGGUUAGAGAUUCUGUAUGGCUAACAAAGAGGCACUUAGUUUUGGUCUUUACGACAUCCCAGUAUAACUUCUCAUUUUUUACUCCUGUCAACUUGCUGCUGCUUGUGAUCCUAACCUUUCUUCUGCCUUGCUAAGGGGUUUGGAGCUUGAAACACAUGUUGUUUUUAUAGCAAGGGGGGCUAUGUUUCAUUGAAAGUGAAACUGGGUAAUCUAGGGAGUCACAACUGUUCUCUAACUGUGUAUAAUCUCUUCUGCUACCAGCAAUACUUCUACAUAAUUCCUAUAAAGGCUUGUGACAGUCUUAAAUGACAGUAAAUGCUUGUUGUGUGUCCUUUCCCUUCCUCCUCCAGGCUGUAUGCUGUGAGGACCACGAGCACUGCUGCCCCCAUGGCACCACCUGUGACCUGGCUUCCCUCGCCUGUGAUGGCCCCUCAGGGCCGGAGCCCAUGGUGGGGAAGGUGCCCGCCCUUACAACCCUGGCACCUGAUCAUGAGGAGGCAGCCACAGACCACCAGGGGAUGCAGACGGAUGACAUGGAGCCGCCUACAGACAAUGAUGAAGGUGAUGAAGACGAAGAGGAGGGGCCAAAGACACAGUGUGACGCCCACACCACCUGUCCAAAGGACGCCACCUGCUGCUUUAUGAAAUAUUUUGUUAGCUCCUCCAGUUGUGUUGAUCGCUAACAUCCUGCUGUCUCUCCAGACAUUCCCUGUGAUGAGUCAGUGGCCUGUCAGGAUGGAACCACAUGUUGUAAAACACAAGAAGGGGGAUGGGCAUGCUGUCCUCUGCCACAGGUAUACUAUGUCUCAUAUUCAAAUCUGGACAUCAAAGACAGUUCCACUGCUUUUAAAAAAAAUAUUCCCCUCUAAUCAGGGACUGAUUUAGACCUGGGACACCAGGUGAGUGACAUUAAUUAUCAGGUAGAACAGAAAACCAGCAGGCUCCAGACCUCGUAGGGUAAGAGUUGAGAACCCCUGCUCUAGGCAUUCAAUUCUCUCUCUUAACUAAUCAAUUUCUUCAAGAUAGAUCAACCUGAUUGCAUGUCUUUUGCUUGUCCCGUGACAGCUUCCCCUUUUUGUUUGGGUUCUUCUCUUCCAGGCAGUUUGCUGCAGUGACUUCAUCCACUGCUGCCCUCAUGGUAAGAAGUGCAACCUGGCUGCCCAGACGUGUGACGACACCUCAGGCUCCCCCUCUGAGCGCUGGCUGAAGAAGGUUCCUGCCGUGCCUCGGGAGGGUAACUUGCCAGGGAAUGUGACAUGUGACCCCACCCACAUGUGUCCCGACAACACCACCUGCUGCAAGACCGCGUCAGGAGACUGGGCCUGCUGCCCCAUGCCCGAGGUAGGGACAAAGAGAUGUGGCUUGUACUGCAGUGGAUAGGCAAAUUAAUGAAUGGCAUCUUAACUUGACUGCUCUGCGAUGUGGUUAGAGAUUCUGUAUGGCUAACAAAGAGGCACUUAGUUUUGGUCUUUACGACAUCCCAGUAUAACUUCCUAAUUUUUUACUCCUGUCUACUUACUGCUGCUUGUGAUCCUAACAUUUCUUCUGCCUUGCUAAGGGGUUUGGAGCUUGAAACACAUGUUGUUUUUAUAGCAAGGGGGGCUAUGUUUCAUUGAAAGUGAAACUGGGUAAUCUAGGGAGUCACAACUGUUCUCUAACCGUGCAUAAUCUCUUCUGCUACCAGCAAUACUUCUACAUAAUUCCUAUAAAGGCUUGUGACAGUCUUAAAUGACAGUAAAUGCUUGUUGUGUGUCCUUUCCCUUCCUCCUCCAGGCUGUAUGCUGUGAGGACCACGAGCACUGCUGCCCCCAUGGCACCACCUGUGACCUGGCUUCCCUCGCCUGUGAUGGCCCCUCAGGGCCGGAGCCCAUGGUGGGGAAGGUGCCCGCCCUUACAACCCUGGCACCUGAUCAUGAGGAGGCAGCCACAGACCACCAGAGGGUGCAGAUGGAUGACACGGAGCCGCCUACAGACAAUGAUGAAGGUGAUGAAGACGAAGAGGAGGGGGCAAAGACACAGUGUGACGCCCACACCACCUGUCCAAAGGACGCCACCUGCUGCUUUAUGAAAUAUUUUGUUAGCUCCUCCAGUUGUGUUGAUCGCUAACACCCUGCUGUCUCUCCAGACGUUCCCUGUGAUGAGUCAGUGGCCUGUCAGGAUGGAACCACAUGUUGUAAAACACAAGAAGGGGGAUGGGCAUGCUGUCCUCUGCCACAGGUAUACUAUGUCUCAUAUUCAAAUCUGGACAUGGAAGACUGUUCCACUGCUUUAAAAAAUAUAUAUUCCCCUCUAAUCAGGGACUGAUUUAGACUUGGGACACCAGGUGGGUGACAUUAAUUAUCAGGUAGAACAGAAAACCAGCAGGCUCCAGACCUCGUAGGGUAAGAGUUGAGAACCCCUGCUCUAGGCGUUCAAUUCACUCUCUUAACUAAUCAAUUUCUUCAAGAUAGAUCAACCUUAUUGCAUGUCUUUUGCUUGUCCCGUGACAGCUUCCCCUUUUUGUUUGGGUUCUUCUCUCCCAGGCAGUUUGCUGCAGUGACUUCAUCCACUGCUGCCCUCAUGGUAAGAAGUGCAACCUGGCUGCCCAGACGUGUGACGACACCUCAGGCUCCCCGUCUGAGCCCUGGCUGAAGAAGGUUCCUGCCGUGCCUCGGGAGGGUAACUUGCCAGGGAAUGUGACCUGUGACCCCACCCACAUGUGUCCCGACAACACCACCUGCUGCAAGACAGCGUCAGGAGACUGGGCCUGCUGCCCCAUGCCUGAGGUAGGGACAAAGAGAUGUGGCUUGUACUGCAGUGGAUAGGCAAAUUAAUGAAUGGCAUCUUAACUUGACUGCUCUGCGAUGUGGUUAGAGAUUCUGUAUGGCUAACAAAGAGGCACUUAGUUUUGGUCUUUACGACAUCCCAGUAUAACUUCUCAUUUUUUACUCCUGUCAACUUGCUGCUGCUUGUGAUCCUAACCUUUCUUCUGCCUUGCUAAGGGGUUUGGAGCUUGAAACACAUGUUGUUUUUAUAGCAAGGGGGGCUAUGUUUCAUUGAAAGUGAAACUGGGUAAUCUAGGGAGUCACAACUGUUCUCUAACUGUGCAUAAUCUCUUCUGCUACCAGCAAUACUUCUACAUAAUUCCUAUAAAGGCUUGUGACAGUCUUAAAUGACAGUAAAUGCUUGUUGUGUGUCCUUUCCCUUCCUCCUCCAGGCUGUAUGCUGUGAGGACCACGAGCACUGCUGCCCCCAUGGCACCACCUGUGACCUGGCUUCCCUCGCCUGUGAUGGCCCCUCAGGGCCGGAGCCCAUGGUGGGGAAGGUGCCCGCCCUUACAAACCAGGCACCUGAUCAUGAGGAGGCACCCGCAGACCACCAGGGGGUGCAGAUGGACGAGGAGUUGCCCAGGACACAGUGUGACACCCACACCAGCUGCCCAAAGGACGCCACCUGCUGCUUUAUGAAAUCCACCCAGAAGUGGGGCUGCUGCCCACUGCCACAGGUGAGUGUUACAGUCAUGGUUAGUGCUGAGCGAUGAGUGCUUUUGAGGUAGUUUCGGUUUGAUUAUUAAAAAAUAAUCACGGAUUUCGGUUUUGAUUAUUUGGGUUGAAUGCUGUAACACAGAAUAAAACAAUUAAUACAAGUCCCAUGAUGGUAGUGACUGCCCAUUACUGCUUAUCACUUAUUAACCAUAAUUUAUUCACAUUACUUUACUUUAAUACAAUAUUUCAGUUGUUGUGGAUAUGACUUUAUUAUUUCAUAACAAGUCAUAAUUUCAUCUCUAUAGAGCUGCUGUCUGACAAAAUCACUAUUUUAGUAGUUCUUCAAAGUCAAUAAGGCAUACUUUUAUGACUGCUGAAUACCAACUAUCAAUCACUUUGAUCUAGUAUUUUCAGGUAGAGAUACCACAAGAAGCAACAGCUUCUCCAAAGACAGUACAGUAUGAAGAUAGGCAGAAACUGCUCCUCCAAUAGAAAUCCCCGAUCAUGCUUGUAGGCGAUGUCAUGUCGACGUUGGCUAGCUAAGCUCAUGCGCAGAAACAUGUCAUUGGGUCUAACGGGCAUCACAUGCCGAACUGCGCAUGUGCAAACCGUCAAAUCAAAGGCACUCCUUCAAUAUAAAGUAGUUUUCUGACUAAAAUGAAAAUGUGUCAGUUUGUCACUUUCACGAGGUUGGAGUAAUAGUAUGUUCAACUACUUAAGACAUUGGCUGGAAUCUAGGUUGUGCCUUUAGAUUUCGCUCAAAAUUAACAAUUUAAGGACACAUUUUUCCACUUCUCUCAUUGACUUCUCAAACCCCAAACCUCGGCCUGCUCUGCUAAUCAAGUGUUCCCGGAAGUCUCGCGAAGUUGCGCCUCUGGAUUUAGAAACUCUGUGGCUGCUCUCUAUAUCACCUCAUGAUCGUGCAUUCUUGUCUCUUCUGUAGCAGGCAUAAAAGAAACACAGACCGGACAAGUAGAUGCGCAAUGGAUUGUGGUCAUUGUAGUUAAUUACAAUGUUUUAUGCGCUAAACUAUGAGGAAUAUUGGCCUGUUGGAAACUACAAUGACCUACUACAUUGCACAGUUCAGGAUGGAUCUGAUUUAUCUCUAGAGAAACUGUGCAAUGUGCGCAUUGAGCUCAUAGAAAAAUUCAAUUAAUUGAACUGAUAACCGCAAUUUUGGUUAAUCACUCAGCACUAGUAAUGGUGUUCCCAACUAGUGAGGAAGGACUCCCAAUAAGUGGCCUCAUAAUUUUAGGGAAUGAAAGCCCUUUCCCUCACCACUCGCUAUUCUCUCUCUUCCCCAGGCAGUGUGCUGUGCUGAUGGAGAGCACUGCUGUCCCAAAGACUACAUAUGUGAUAUGAGCAAGACUUCCUGCUCUAAGGGUGUGGUGGUGAUCCCAUGGUACAACAAGCUGGCAGCUGAGCCAGAUGACAGUGCCCUCGCUGCCCCCCCCUCUGUGAAGUGUGACGCCCAGAACAGCUGCCCUGAAGGCUCCAGCUGCUGCCAACUUUCCACUGGACAGUGGGGCUGCUGCCCCCUGUGCAAGGUGUGUGUGUGUAUGUGUUUGUGUGAGUGAGGGUGUGUGUUGGUAUGCACAUGCGUAUAGAGAACCCUAGAAAUAGUUUUGCUCUGCUAUCUCACAUGGGGAACCUUUCAUGUCAUUUCUUUAUGUCUUGUCUCCCUGUAUAGGCUGUGUGCUGUGCAGAUGAGGAGCACUGCUGUCCACAGGGCUACAGCUGUAACAUGGGCUCAGGGACUUGCCAGAAGCUAAUGUUUCUUCAGUUCCAGACGAUACCCCUAACCCGGGUGUCUGCGCCUGAGCCCCCGACCCCACAGGAGAAGGAAAUCCACUGUGGGGGGCCGUUUGUCUGCAAUAAUGAGGAGACAUGCUGCAAGGUCUCCACCACUACAUGGGGCUGCUGUCCCUCUCCAAAUGUAUGAUAUAUAUACCACUGCCCUCUCACCACAGAUGCUUCUAUAAAUGAAAAUGUUGUUGUACUAAUAUUAGUGGAGUUCAAGACUAGGGCAUCUACUCUCCUUCUAUUGAAUAGUCAAAUUCCUAUAAGAUAUCUCUCAUUGCCUCCUCUCGAUCUCUCUUUCUUUACUCUCCCUUCCACCUUCUCUCUGUCCUCUCCCUGUCCUCCUCCUCCUGUCUUCCUCCACCUGUCCUCCUAGGCGGUGUGCUGCAGUGACAUGAAGCACUGCUGCACUACAGGCUACACCUGUGGUGAGGGAGGGACCUGCACCCAGUCCACUGGCUUCAACUGGGACCACUGGCAGGUGUUCUUCUCCAACAAGAAGAGAGCCCUGCGUGUGUGACAACCAUUGGAGUGAUAGGCCCACACUCCAGCGCCACACGCAUUGCACUAUUGAAGGGACGCAUUGCACUAUUGAAGGGACGCAUUGCACUAUUGAAGGGACGCAGGGACUUACUACUACUGUUAUAGUAUGUCAAAUUGUAUUUUUCUCAGGGUAUAAAUGGUAUAUAUCGGACAGGGAACUGAAAAUAAGGCACAUUAUGCACCAUUGAUUGGUGGAAGUUGCUUGGUAUGUUACUACAUUUGCUUCAAGAGAUACCCAUGCUUGCUCAUGCACAGAAACUAUCAAGGAUUUGAAAUCACCAAAAAUGCAAUACCAAUGUUCAACAAUAUUUUAGUAUGCUUUUAGGGUUGUGGCUCAGGGAAAGAUUGGAAUGUGAUAUAAAACUAGUUGUAAGCCACUAUCAAGAUUGACACAGAGGAGCAUAGAAAUUACAAGAAUUUAGUACUGUUUACAAUGUUUGAUGUUACCUUCUAACAGGAAGAGUGUUGUUGUGUUUUUUUUUAGUUGAUCAUGUGAAGUGCAUUGUGCCUCAUCAAAUAGUUUCAGGUAUGCCUUUGAAAUAAAUGCCUUUUACGUGAAAUUGUCUGUGCCAUAUGCCACCCUGUGGCUGAACUGAUACUGUCUACUUGGGAAAACUGCUUACUCUUCUUCUUCGGUGGGGUUUAUCGACGGUUGGCAUCCAACGCUAUGGUGCAUUACCGCCAUCUACUGUACUGGAGUGUGCCAGAGACAGGGAGAAACUAAAU